AUUUCGACGAUUUGUACACAAAAAUGCAAUCAUGGCCGAAUUCGACACGAUAUACGAAGAGGACAGUGAGGAAAGUGAUGUUUACCCGGUAGAAAUGAGUAUCAACACUUUGCCAGAUCCAAUAAUUAUAAGAGGAACUGGUUAUGUCACCGUAUUUGGGCUUAGCAAUAAAUUUGAUGAUGAGUUUCCUCAGCAACUGUUUGCCAAGGUUGCACCAGAGGAAUAUAAGGAGAGCAUUGACAGAAUCAACAGUGUUCUGAUGAAGACGUUACCCAUGAAUAUUAAGUGGUUGCUGUGUGGCUGUAUAUGUUGUUGUUGUACCCUCGGCUGUUCGCUAUGGCCAGUAGUCUGUCUUAGCAAAAGGAGUCGACAUUCAAUUGAAAAAGCGGUUGAUUGGGAGAACAGUCGACUGUACCACAAACUUGGCCUUCAUUGGGCGUUAUGCAAAGAAAAGUGUGAAAACAGUAAUAUGAUGGAAUAUGUCCUGAAGAUAGAAUAUGUCCCAAAAGAAAGCAUACUAAAGCCAGACUGAGAUUACUACUACAUAUCAGAGGGGGCUGGGUCAUCAAUUACCAUAGGAUGGCAGCAAACAGGAACAACAUGUUAAAACAUCCUGUUAGCUGGUCUUAGCCUAUCAGUCAUCCAGGCCAGGGUGUGGCAUCAACAUCUGAGAGAUGGUGUUGGCACUGGGUUGUAGAGGGAUUUGUGAUGAUUUAUGAAGAUAACUGCACAGAAUAAUCUUUAAAGCCAGGCUCCAGAGAAGAAAGAUGAUCGAUAUGUUGUACAACUGAUUUUUUAAAAGACACAAAAAGCAGUUUUGAUGAAAAAUUUGAAGCGGUUUAAUGAGAUGCAGAUUUUUGAAUAUUUAAAACUGGGAAAAAAGGGUGGUUAUGCCCCUUUCUAUGCCCCUUUUCCCCCCCCCCCCCCCAUAUUUUAAAUAUUAAAAAAUCUACUGUAUGUCUUACCAAGUUUUUUGUGUACAAUAUGAUUUUUGUCUUAGAAAAAUCAGUUCUGCAACAUAUCAAAAAAUUGUUUUCCUCCAGAGCCUGUCUUUAAUACAUUUUUUUGCUGGUAAUGAGUUUUGGGAUUAGUUGAUGUAUGCAAAUGGAUGGUACUUUUAUAAUUCUGUGAAGACUUUUAAUGACUUUUUGUUCUUCCUAUUUGGAUUGGCCAGUUCAGAAAUACAUCAGGUAUAAAAAUUCGUUCAGAAAUGUUCAGCCUUAAGUUACUAACAUCUUUGAUUCUAUUUACAAUCGUCUAAAGACCAACUCAUACAGCGUCGUACGACGCAGCCCAACGCAAUUUAUCGUCGUGGCUGGUCUUAAGCUGUCGUGAGAAAUGUUAAACAUGUUUAAUAUUCUACAACGCGACAACACAUUGCAUCGGGCUGCAUCGUAUGAAGCUCUCUAAGUCUUUAUGAUAAUGUUCUGUAAUGUACUUACUGUUUUUUAUAUAAAACAAUGUCAAGCUUUCCAUAAUUAUGAAAUAUUAUUGUACAUUAUGCAACAUGAAAGAACUACAGUACCUUGUACUGGCAAUGGCGUUUCUAGUGGUCAUAACAUGAAGGCGGGGCCUGUGAGGGCGCUAGCUAGGGUAACACUUGAGAGUAAAUUUAUAUUCCUCAAACAAUUUCCAGUGGGUAAAUCUUAAGUGGAGAGAUGCAAGCCAUAAUGCUCAGUUGCUGAUUAAUUCAGUAGCAAUUUUGUGUGCUCUUUAUUCUGUUCUGAAAUUUGAGUUAAUACUGUACUGUAUUCGCUUUAUAUCUUUUUUGCAAUGUUCUAUGAUAAAAAUCUGUAAUAUUUGAAAGACCUGUUUUAAUAUUAUCAUAGUAUAUCUUGGUUUUUUAACAGUAAAUUAAUAAUUUAUAUUACGGAAGUUUCUGAUGCUUGGCCCAGUUGGACAAUGGAGCUUAUAUUAUGGGAUGUAAUGUGAGAACUAAACUAAAAGUACAAGUUAAAACUUGUGUAGAAUACUUGCCAAAGAGAUUGGAAAGAUAUAACAAUAUAUCCGAGCCUACAGUUUGUAUAUUGGAAAUAUGUGUUGAGAUCCUAUGUGUUCAAUAUAUUUUGAGUGGCAAUUGGAUUUGGGGGUGGGGGUGGGGAAGUGGACAGGGUUUGUAGCAACCCUAAAUGUGAGGUCUUGCUGUAAAAUGAGUCAUUUUUAAAGAAAUAUUUGCAGUAUGUUAAUUAUUCAAAUACAAUAGAUAAACUUAUUCAUUAUACAUUAUAAACUUCAAUUUGGUUUUGAAUGACUUUUAGGAAACUGGUUUUAGUAGAUCCAGAGAUAUGACCAACUAAAAUUUAGAUGUACUGUAUGGUUAAAAUAAUAAACAAUAUUAAGUCUGCAAAAUAUAAAUUGACAUGAAAAAACUUUUCAUAGUAAGAAAAUAUCAUAAAGUACCAUCAAACUAUAUAAGUAUAGAAGUAUUUAACAACAAUAGGACACAUGUAAAUAUUGACUUUUAUCUCAUUAUGAUCUUGGCAACAUUGUAUCUUAUUUUGUGAAAAGACCUCACAACUAUCACCCCUCAAGCCAUCUUCUACUUGGUGCAAUGCACCAUUAUUGCUGUAUUUCAGCUACCCAAAUUGCUGCCUGUCGCUAAUUUUAUGCCUGUACUAUAGAUGUUGAAGUCAACCAUAGGCCUUGAAGGCUGGGACCUACUUCCCAUCCCGCAUCCUUGAUAUUUAAGGCUUACCGUAAUAUUAUAGACUUCCAUUUGCUUAAGUGUGAGUAUAGACGGGUUUUAAUCACUUAAUAUGUACUGUACAUUAAUAAGGUAAUUGAUAUUAUAGUAAAGUAAAAUGCAUACAAUUACUAGUCAGGACAAAAUUUACCGGUAUUAAAAUUUUGGGAAAAAUCAUUCGAAACAUUAACCAAAAAUUACAAGUGACGAUUCAAACAAUAUCACUAUCACGGGUAUAGACAGGUUUCAAUCACUUAAUAUGUAGUGUACGUUGAAAAGGUAAUCAAUAUAUUAUAGUAAAAAGUAAAAUGCAAGUCAGGACAAAAUUUACUUGUAUUAAAGUUUUGGUGAAAAUCAUUUGAAACAUUAACCAAAAAUUACAAGUGACGAUUCAAACAAAAUCACUAUCACGGGUAUAGACAGGUUUCAAUCACUUAAUAUGUACUGUACGUUAAAAAGGUAAUCAAUAUAUUAUAGGAAAAAAUAAAAUGCAAGUCAGGACAAAAUUUACUUGUAUUAAAGUUUUGGGGAAAAUCAUUUGAAACAUUAACCAAAAAUUACAAGUGACGAUUCAAACAAAAUCACUAUUGGUUUACUGUAGGCCUAUUGGACUAAGUCCAGCUACACAAGUAAAGACGAAAAAUGAUGUACCUUUGGGGGGGUUUGCAAACUAGCAUAAGAAGUACUUUAAUUACUUUUUCGUUUUCUAUUUUAAUUGUAAUAUAUUUGUUGUAGUGAUAUUGGUUUGCUUUGUGGAUUUGUUAACUCUACUGUUGGUUUUAGAUGUUUGAUUAUUUACAUUUUUUUUUUUGUUGCAUCCUAGCCUUUUACGUAUUGUAAAUGACCUAAUAAAUGAAUGCCACAGAGCAUAUAACAUUUU